AUGGAGGAGCUGAUCAGGAAAAGAAACGUGGCCUUCGAGAGGCUGAAGAGAGUACAUGCGAGUGCGAGGCAGCUGGCAGAACAUGAAACACAGGCGUUCGAGGUUCACGAUCGGCUUCGGAAAUUAGCCGAGAUGGAGGAAUCUUUCGACAGGAUUCAAGCUGAAAUCGAAGAAGCAGUCCCGAACGAGGAACUUUCUUUGGUGCUCAGUGUGCGUUCGGACUACGAACAACUUUUCUACACAACGAAAGGACUGAUUACAAAGCUGCUGCAAGUGAAGGAAGGUCCAUCAAGUGCUGGCAGUGAUUCUACAGUAGUAGAUCCUAAUAACGAGCUGAAGGAGGCAGUGUGGGAUACACUUGUUGAGCACUUCGACAAACCAAAGUUCACAGUUGCCGCUCUGGUUCAGGAGUUCUGCGACCAACCGGCAAUAAGGCCUUUGAAUCUUGUAAGCUUACGAAAGUUAGUGUCAACGUCCGACGAGGUUAUUCGUCAACUCUGUGCCCUGGGGCCAAUUUGCGAAACGAGAGAUCCUUGGUUGAACCACAUCGUACUGAAGAAGCUUGAUGAUGGUCUUCGGUCUCAGUGGGCACAGCAUAUUGUGGAUAAUGACGACCCAACGUUCGUCGAUCUUCUCAAGUUUCUUAAAAGGAAGUGUGAAGCGUUGGAGACAUGUGCAGCGUUCGGUGGAAAACCCUCGGAGUACGGCAGAAAGGAACCUCAUAGAGAUGACCGCAAGCAACUCACCGUGAAAAAGGAAAUCAAGACAUUCAAUGCAGUUCAACAGCAGUCGUGUCCGGUUUGCGCGGAAAGCCACAGGAUUUAUGAGUGCACCGUCUUCAAGGAAUCUUCUGUCAACGAAAGGCGCGAACGAGUGCAGCAGGCGAAACUAUGUUUCAAUUGUCUGAGACCAAACCAUUGCGCCAAAUCCUGUCCGUCGAAGUCGGUAUGCCGCACACCACACUGUCAACAACGUCACCAUACGAUGCUGUGCAAGGCAGACAACAAUGAGCUAACAUCGACCCCGCCGUCAGAAAAGCAAGUUUCGUCUUCGCCUUCACCACAGCAGCCGCAAAGUUCUGCAGCAGUCGACAUCAAGCCAGCGGUGUCCUGCACGACUAACGUCAAAAACAGCUGUUCUUCAGUUGUCAUCGGCCUACUACCAACGGCAUUAGUACGAGUGAAGCAAAUUGAUGGUCAGUGCCAGGAAGUACGAGUGAUGAUUGAUAGCGGUUCACAAGCAUCACUUAUCACGGAGAAUUGCGUGACCAAUCUCGGAUUGCAGCGAAGCAACGCUAAUCUGAUUGUCACCGGAAUCGCAAGCUGCUCAUCGGAAACCACCAGAGGAGUUGUCGACCUCGAAAUUUCUUCUCGCUUUUGCUGCAAUUCGGUGGUCAACGUCAAGGCUUAUGUGCUGUCCAAGUUCCCGCGGAUCGUACCAAACCAGCGAUUGGAUCCUGAACGGCUAAAAUGUUUGGAAACAUUGCAGCUAGCGGACCCACAUUUUGACAAGCCCGGCAGAAUCGAUAUUAUUCUUGGAGCUGAUGUUUUCUUGGCUAUUUUGGAAGAUGGCAAGGUAAAAGAUGGAUCGGGACUUCCAGUGGCGAUCAACUCAACUUUUGGAUGGAUUGUUGCCGGUCAAGUUUUCGACGCCAGCGAGGUGAAUUGCAACACGGCCAUCAUCAGUCUCAGCAUGGACAUGGACAUCGACAAGGUUCUCCGGAAAUUUUGGGAAGUUGAAGAGGUCAACAGACCGAAACCUUUGACACAGGAGGAGCAGCAAGAAGUGGAUUUCUUUAAUACUACGCAUCGACGUGAUGAAACUGGUAGAUUUACAGUGCGUUUACCGUUCGACGAAAGCAAACCCGCAUUAGGUGACUCGAUGCCAGCAGCAGUCCAGCGGUUGAAGGCGAUGGAAAGGAGAUUCGUUCGAAAUCCAGGCUUCAAACAGAUGUACGGUGAGUUCAUGACCGAGUACCUUAAUCUUGGUCACAUGGAGAGGAUUCCAGACGACGAGGUUAACGUUUCGCCGGAGAAAAGUUUCUACCUUCCACAUCACGGUGUCAUGCGGCAAGACAGUGUCACAACCAAAUUGCGAGUCGUGUUUGACGGCUCGUGUCAAUCGUCAUCCGGAAUUUCUUUGAACGAGAAACUGUUGACUGGACCGAAGGUCACCGAGGACUUGCCUGUCGUCCUCACCCGUUUUCUUUCCAGUAGCAGCUGA